UGUAAAUUGAAGAUCAUCUAUCUUCAAAGUGUGCCAGUGCACUAGAAGAUAUGCCCCUUGUCGUUGUUGCGGUCUGCGUCUGGUGCUCAAUAAACAUUAUGUUGAAUUAUAUCCAGAAUUCCAUGAAGAAUAUGAUGUCUCCUGGUCUUCAAGUAAGCCUUAUCCGUUACCCGUUCUUCGUUGCGGUUUGCUUCCUUGAAGGUGCAAUCCUCAC